AUGUGUGAUGUCACGUCGGCCAAGUCGGCCAUAAUCUCCGUUUCGGACAAGGUGGGGUCGUUGAAGGAGGUGUGCGAGCUGUUCGAAAAGCAUGGGUUCAACAUGACUUCGAUCCAGUCGCGCCCUUCGCCCUCAAGCUCUCAGGGCUACGACUUCUUCAUCGAUUUCGAGACCACAAAGAAGGACGAUGAGGUCAACGCGCUGGUGAAGGAGCUCGAGGGCAAGACGUCUUCAGUCACCAUCCUCACCAAGGGGCAGACCAAGAGCGAAGUCUCUCUGUCCACCUCUGCCUCAGGCGUCCGCACCAAGGAAAUCCCUUGGUUCCCGCGCAAGCUGAAAGAUUUGGAUGGCUUUGCCGAGAAGACGAUGGAGUUCGGUUCCGAGCUCGAUGCGGACCACCCCGGCUUCCAGGACCCCGAGUACAGGAAGCGCAGGUGCGAUAUCGUUGCCAAGGCCAAGACCUACCGUUCGGGCCAGCCGCUGCCCCGAGUGGAGUACACACCGCAGGAGAUCGAGACGUGGGGCAUCGUCUACAACAAGCUGAGGUCGCUCUACCCGACCCACGCCUGCCGCGAGCAGAACCACAUCUUCCCCCUCCUCGAGCAGAACUGCGGCUACUCGCCCAACAACAUCCCCCAGCUGGAGGACAUCUCCAACUUCCUGCAAGAGUGCACGGGCUGGCGGCUGCGACCGGUGAUGGGCCUUCUCUCGUCCCGAGACUUCUUGAACGGCCUGGCCUUCAGGGUGUUCCACUCCACUCAGUACAUCCGUCACCACAGCAAGCCCCUCUACACGCCCGAACCCGACGUGUGCCAUGAGCUGCUCGGACACGUUCCUCUCUUCGCCGACCCCGCCUUCGCCGACUUUUCGCAGGAGAUCGGUCUCGCCUCUCUCGGUGCCUCUGACGAGGACAUCGCCAAGCUCGCCACUUGCUACUGGUUCACCGUGGAGUUUGGCCUGUGCAGGCAGGACGGCCAGGUUAAGGCUUUCGGCGCUGGCAUCCUCUCCUCUUUCGGCGAACUCGAGUACUCCAUGAGCUCGGAGCCCGAGCUGCGUCCCUUCGACCCAUUCCAGGCCUGCGAGCAGGAGUACCCCAUCACCAAGUACCAGCCCGUCUACUUCGUGGCAGAGAGCUUCGAGAGGGCCAAGGCACAGAUGCGCCAGUUUGCCGAGUCUCUCGACAGGCCCUUCACCGUGCACUACAACCCCUUCACCCAGACCGUUGAGGUCCUCGACACGAAGGAGAAGCUCGUCAGCCUUGCCAACACGCUGCGGUCGGACAUCAGCCUCCUCGUCUCGGGCAUUCGCAACCUCCCUUGA